AAUCACAGGGGCAGGGUUCAACAUCAAAGCUGCAGUAGACCUCACUGGAACUCAUUCAUCAGGCUGCUUUUCAUUCAUCUAAUCGCAACUGUAUUCUUUGCACUGAGAAUGGCUAAAGGAGCAAAAGGCCCCAAACCAAAAAAGGUCACUUUGAAAGUUGCUAAGACUUGCAUCAAGAUAACAUUUGAUGGGAAGUAUCGCCUUGAUCUGAGUAAGAUGGGCAUCACAACUUUCCCCAGAUGCAUCCUUAAACUGGCUGAUGUGGAUGAAUUAGACCUCAGCAGAAACAUGAUCAAGAAGAUCCCAGACUCAAUUGAGAAAUUUCAGAAUCUACGUUGGCUAGAUUUGCAUAGCAACCAGAUUGACAAAUUGCCAGAAACAAUAGGGAAUCUACAAAACCUUGUUUUUCUGAACCUCAGCAACAAUAAGCUCACAGCUCGGAGCUUGCCAGUGGAGCUAAACCAGCUCAAGAACCUGCGUAACCUCAACCUUGGCCUAAACCAUAUUGACAAUCUCCCAACUACUCUGGGGGCUUUAAAAGAACUUCAAGAAGUUGGGGUAUUUGACAAUUUGCUGACUACCAUCCCUAACAGUAUUGCAAAGCUCCCCAAACUCAAGAAGUUAAAUACCAAGAGAAACCCUUUCCCUGGCCCUACGGAAGAAGAACUCUUUAUUGAUAAUAUCAAGCGCCUUGAGACACUUUACUUGGUGGAAGAGAAAGAUCUUUGCUUCCCAUGCUUGAGAAAAUGUCAGGAGGAGAGGGACAAGUUAAACAAACUAAAGAAUACAGUGUCUACUCCACUCAGAAAGCCAAACUUUUCAAACCUCAUGACACCCAACUCCCUGGCAAAAGAGAAUCAAGCAGAAUGGAGGUAAACUGGGCCACAGCUGUCAUCCAUAGAUGCAUGGCCAUUCAUGAGGUAGGGCCAUAGCAUGGCAUCCUUGCAUCCAACCCUUGUAAUUGCUUCCAAGCAAUAAAACUGCUCUU